CCGCAAGGACAGCGCUAUGGACCACAUCUGUGCUGACCUUCAGGCAGGUGUACUGGAGGCCCGACAGCUGGUUCGUCGCUCUCUUAGUUGUAACCGGUGCUCUACUGCUGGCUCUGAGCUCAGCGAUAAUCUGGAGUUUCUGCAGGCCCAAACAACCCGGCUCCAAAUAUUUGCCAGAGAUGGAUGACAAAGCCAGUCCUGGGACAAUUGAGAGUGAUGCAAUGCAUCGUUUGGAAGAUGUGGAUAACCCAAGCCCUGCAGAGUCUGCGGCAGCAGCAAAUGAUCAAAAUGUGUUUGACGGACGUGCUGUCGAUCCAGUUUCAGGAAAAGAAUACCUCUUCAACAGCUGGAAUGGGAAGCGUUUGUGGGUAUAAGGAAGCAUUCCCAUCCUCCGUUUCGCGAUGACGAAACAGUAUAGAAUGUCUCAUCAGGACAUUUACGCCAGCAUUGCUUCGUUUAUUUUGUGUGCUAUAUAACCGGUGUGCAUGCACACCAUUUGCGCUUGUGUGAAUGUAUAUUUCUCCCCCCCCCCCCCCCAUAAUGUUCAUUAAGUCUACUAAACCAGGCUACAACCACAAAUACUGCAUUGCGUUAAUAGGCUUGUGGUAUUUUUAAAAUACCAUUUGAUAAAUACGUAUUUUUGGUAUUAUUUGAAGGCCUGCACGUGCCACUAUGCAUUAAAUUUGCCUUCCACGUAUUUCAAAAUGUACUCACUGAACGAGGAAAUGGCCUGUCAAAUCUGACCACGUCAUCAAUUUGUCAGUCGUUUGAAUGCGCGCAGAGAAAAGGCUGUGUCGUCAUGAUGACUGCUGCGAUAUCAUAUUUCACGAAACAAUGCGACAUCAAAUUUCAUGAUAUGAUGAUUGGCACUCAUAUACGUGUCCCGUAACUUCGUAAUCGUAUUUAAAAUUACUAUUGUAUUUUAGUGCGCUUUACUAUAUUUACAGUCACAAAUACAAAAUUGCGUAAUUGCAGUUCACUAGAGACUGCCAUGCAGUAGGUAUUUAUCAUCACGACUUCAAUAUGUCCUUCAAUAUCAGAAGUUCUGCUCGUUGCACGAAAAACUAUGAAAAUUAUAAAAUAUCAUCACCAUGCCACCCAUUAGUGUGGAAAACAUUGUCAAGCUAUAAUUAAAAUUAAUAAUAGUUAUGUAAUUGCUAUUUCAUUAAAAACAUGCGAGGAAAUAAAAUAUUUAAGAAAUAUUUAAUUGCAUUUUUUUUUGCAAUACGGAACAUACGAUUAUUAUGGAUUUCAAUAGAUAUCACAGUAUAUUUAUAUAAUUGUAACCCAAGUUAUAGUUGACCUGUCUUAAUAAACGACCAAUUUUAGUCCAUGUAUUCAAGUAUUGCAGUGCUGUGGGGUGAUACAUCCUAACUUGGGAGGCCAGUAUUCAUAUGCUGUACUGUAUUCAUCUCAACCACUAUAUUCUCUUUAAGCACAAUGUGUGAGCAAAUCCCCUGUGUUGCGUGUAUUGGUGUAGCUCUGGACUCAGUAAAUUCGAUGAUCUUCAUAUGCAAAGUCACCUAUUUGCUGUAAUGUGGAAGUUUAUUUUCAAGAAUGUACAUUAAUGAUAUACGUACAUUUUGUUUGCAUUAACAUAUGCAUGUUUGUUGUUGAACUUCAUUCGCACCGUACGUAUUCAACCGUGCCAAUCGAAGGUGCGGGGGAAGGAACAACAAACUAAACUCAAAUUGUGUGUGCCCUGCAUUACGUUCUAGAACAAACCCUGAAUAUUCCUUGUUUUGCAACAUAUCAUCAAUAAAGCAAGUGUGCCUUGAACUGUUAACCCUUGGAUUCGUUCUGUAGCAACAGCGUCCCCCUGAUUAACAUUUAUGGCAAGCGAGUCAGCCACGGUAACGAACAUCUUUCCUCAUUACCCACCUCGAGCUCAAACACCGUAAAAAAUAUAUAAAUGUACACGGAUAGUUAUUGACACGAUGAGAGCCAGCAGUUGAAAUACCCGUCCCAAGAGCAUAAAGCAGUUGUCGGCCAGUAAAAACAGAAAGCAAUCUAUGCCCCCCACACCCCCCGACCUCACGAAAUGUUUGCGGUUAAAUACAUUCUAAAGCAAUUUAGCCUCGGGUUGCUAUAAGAACUGAAGGAUGCAUUGCUAAGUCGGAUCUGGUUGGCUCGAGUAAUCGUCGGGCAGGUUGUGUGAUUGUUGAGGAUAUACUUUAAUUUAUUUUUUAAAGUAAAGUCGCGUCUCGGCGCGCACUUGGAGGUGAGCUGUGAGUGUGGUGAGGCUUAAAUUCGGCGGAUUGGGGCACCUGUGAGUUCGCUCAUGGAGCAGAAGAUUGCAUCGCUCUGCUUUUCCUGCUGCGUCAUACUCUGUGGCUUGCCAGGAACUUCUGCUAAGCCUGACUUUAAUCUUAUUCCAGCUGUGUUCACUAUACCAGAAGACAGCGCUGCUCAGACGUUGGUGGCUACUUUUGAAAUCAGCUUCCCAAAUGAAACCAUUGACAAUGUUGUACUCACCCCGACAUCACCUUUCCAGCUGAGAUGGUUUCAAUUAAACGUUCCUGGUCCUGGAGUUUACAUUGUGGAGGUGACCCUGAUCGGUGUAAAUCUGCUGGACUUUGAAACUCUGAAUCAGUACAACAUGACUGUGUCAGUCACAAAUGUCAAUGGCACCAGCUCAGAAGUAUUCUUCAUUGAGGUGACUGAUGUUAACGAGCCCCCGAUCUGCAGUGAUCAAUUCCCAGCAGGCGCUCACAUUCACAUUCUAGAGGAUGCACCACACGCGACAAUCGUCUACAGAGUUAGAGCCACCGAUCCAGAUUAUGUUGACAUCGUCAGUUUCUCCUUGCUAAAUGUUGAACCAGUAUCCGGCCUGAGCCAGUUCAACUUUAAUGAAGCUCAAGGAAUGUUGACGGUGUCCUCGGCUGGUUUUGACUGCAACGCAGACAUGAAUUUCUUGCUGGACAUUAUGGUCAAGGACCAAAAUGGCCUUUCGUGCAACCUAACCCUGACUGUUACAGUCGUAAAUCUGGACGACAACGAUCUAGUCUUUACGGCUCCAUCAGAGAGGGUCUUUUGGAUUUCAGAAGAAGAACCGCAAGACCAUCUGGUGACUGUAGUUGCAGUCAACGAUACCAAAGUGUUCUUUUCAUUUGUGAACCCUGUGGAAGGGUUUUAUAUAACUCCAGGCACAGGGGAAGUGAAAACAGCCUUCAAGCUGGACGUAGACGACAAACCUGAGCUCCAGAGUAACUAUAUACUGGUUCGUGCGACGAACUACAUUCACCAACGCAGCGUUACGCUCAAUCUCACAGUCUACGUGAUGGACAUCAACGACAAUCCGCCAGUCUGCUCUUAUUACCAACGCAUAUUGCAGAUUCCAGAGACCACGCCUGAAAUUUCUGCUGUCGUGGAUGUAUCCUGCACAGAUCGUGAUGUGACAUCACCGAACAAUGUGCUGAAAUAUAGUCUCAGCACUGACGCGAACUCAGAAGGGCGCUUUGCAAUGACAGAAGCUACUCUCAAGAUAAAUUCAAGUUUGGAUUAUGACACGGCGGAUUUGGCAUCUGUGGACUACAAGUACAAUCUGAAAAUAGAGGUUUAUGACCUUGGAGUUAAUAUCUCACUGACGUCGACGGUGACAGUGAUCGUAGUCGUGACCCCCGUGAAUGAGUUUUCACCUGUAUGUACGGGGCCAGUGAGGUUUUCAAUUUUCGAAGACCAGAAGGUGGGUGACAGUGUUUCACCGAACAAACCCUCGUGCACAGACCAGGACUAUCCAUUGGAUAAUCUGCGCUACUCGAUGAUCGAUGGCUCAGCCCACUUCUACAUCGAUCCCAAGACUGGUAUUAUUAAACUGUUAAAUCCAGUUGACAGAGAGACAAAAGCCACAUACCGAGUAACCAUUAAGGUGGAGGACUUUGACCAAGACACGGAUCCUACAAACGUUAAGACUAUCUUCCAGGAUUAUCAAAUCGUAAUACUGAAUGUGAACGAUGAGCCUCCCGUGUGUGACCCGGGCUUCUAUGACAUCACUAUUUACUCCACGCUGGCAGCAGGAGGAUCUGUUGUACAGCUUAAGUGUGAUGAUGUGGACUCUCUUGACGGCGAACUUGAAUAUGAAAUUGUCGGUGGUAACACAAACGGCCGUUUCGCGCUAUCCAAUGCAAAGCCACCUUCGGUGUUGACUCUCUCAACGUUCAGUUACUUUAAUCUUGGUGGCAUCAAUGACCCCAAAGACUUCCAGCUGCUGGUGAAGAUCAGCGAUGAAGGUUUAACUGCAGACAAGACGAGGAGACUGAGCAGCACUGCCACUGUCCUCAUCCACGUGGUUCCCUGGAUCACAACGGCCCCCACUACCAUCACGACCACAGUUUUCACGACAAGAAUCAUUACUAUAUUUGACUACUACUGGAAGCCUGAAAGCUGGUUUAUUGCAGUGAUGACAAUCAUUGCACUGGCACUCUUGGCAAUCAUUGGUUUGAUUUCAUAUUUCUGCUGGAAACGCAUGCCCUGCUGUUGGAAGUUCUGCAAGCCCUCGCCAUCCGUAAAGGACCCACCGCUGCUGAAGGCUGAUGAGUUAAAUGACUUAUCCAGUUCAUCUCAGAAGGAAAAAGCUCACAAAAACGUGCUGAAACCAUUAAGUACCCCUGAGUUUGAUGGAAGAGCAAGAGAUCCAAUGACGGGAAAUGAAUAUCUUUUCAACUCGGUGACUGGACAAAGACGCUGGAUUUAAGCUUAGGAUUCCUUUUGUGUGCAAGUAUAAUCCAAACAAAGGAUUAGACUCAUAGAUAUCAUCUUUCUAAUAAAUAUUUUGCAUGGUUGAUUGAAUUACAGUUGGUAUUUGACAAUAUGUUUAACACAAAUUCUAUAUUCUGCAAUCACAAAAAAGAAUGUAACUUAUUUAAAAAAGAUAAGUUAAAUGACCAAUAUAUGGCCCCAUUUAAAGUACGAGUGAUGGAAAGUCACCUGUAAACAAAUGUAUGUUUCUACCACCCAUGCACUUUACUGUAUGAAAUGUGUGUACUUUUGUGAAAUUGACCAAUCUAUUUUCUUCUUUUCAUGUUUAAAAAUUAAAAUGAUUAUUUUUGCCAUGGCUUUGUUUUCAUGAGAUUGUUUUUCUUCGAAUGUGUAGCCAAACACCUUUUCAUCAGCUGUAACUACUACACAAAUGUCCAUAUUUAACUUUUAAAUAAUUUUGUGUCCCCCUCCCUUUAUGGACAUCAGACGUGGGAGGACCUAUCAGAUGGGGGCAUAGCCACUGGGUGGCGUGGGGGCACGGACACCCCUAAAAUUCUUAGACAUGGCUAAGAGACACCCACUUAAGGACAAUAAUAAUGCUAUCUUUGAGUCCAAGUUUGUCUUCUCAUGUUGACGUCAGAACCUUUGAACACCGAGCAGCGCACGAAAAGUUGACAUUUAGAGUCAAUAAAUUGCAUUCGAGACAGGCGGUGGAACCCACGGAUUCGAGAGCACACACAUGUCAAUGCCAUCGUCAAAACUAUUUAGAUAAACAAUUGUGGCUUGAUCUUCUUGGUUCUUUCGGUAAAGUCACGUAGA